CGUCCAUCCAUGCGUCUAUCGUCUAUCCAUCCAUCAUGGCUGUCUCCGGUUUUUAGCACGUCUAGUGUGUCUCCAGAUGCUCCAGAUCCUCGAAUACCGCUUAAAAUACUGCCACUAAUAAUGAACACGGUACAGCGGGAACAAUUGUUGUUCAUGAUCUUAUAUAUGACGGCACAUCGCGCGAUUGUGCUUAGCUAAGGGCAUUAAUUGACAGCUGAUGGUUUCUUAAGCUUUAGUAAAGCUUUUUAAGUUUUUAACGACCACGAUGGCCGGAAGAGGGAAGAUGUCUUUUAACGCUGAACAACUGGGCUUCGGUCGAGGAGAAGCGUUGCCACCACCAAAUCUUCAGCCGCCACCAGCGUAUCCGUCACUGGGGCUGUUUCCUUCGCCACUGCUCAAGUCUCCGGAGAAUGUCUACAUGGGAGCUGGUCUCGGAGAGCAGCGGAGAAAAUUCCAGGCGUCAUCCUUCUACAUCUUGGCGGAUUCUCCGAAAGCGGAUAUAGAGAGGUACUCUGACAAGUUUCAGGCCCCUAAAGCAGAAGAGUUCAAAUAUGAUGACACCUAUCUGCCGGUGGAGUUGCGACCUAUCAACAGAAGAAGGAAGUCCAAAAAUGUCCAAGCAGUAAAGCCAAAUAUCAAGAAAAUGCCAGAUAUUGAUCAUAAACUGAAGGUUCUGGAAGAAAAUGAAGAGAAGGCAGAAAGUGGUGAGGAAGAAGAACAACAACUGGAUGAAGAAGUGGAAGAUGAGGAAGAGCUUGAGGAAGAGACUGACUAUGUGUCAGCCUACUUUGACAACGGUGAGGGUUACCUGGACGAUGACGACGACAAAGUGGAUGACGGGCCAGUGUAUUGAAGGUUGUUCCAUAUUUUACUGUGGCAUAAUUUUUAAAUAAACAUGCAGUUUUAAGACCUC